AUGCUAAGUAUAUUAGAAGGCAUUUUCCUUUUUGCUGCAAUUAUGGAGUCCAUCCUGGGAGUUUUAGGUAACGGGUUUAUUGCACUUAUGUACUGCAUUGGCUGUGUCAAGAAGAAGCUCUCUAUGCUUGGCUUUAUUCUCACUGGCUUAGCAAUUUCUAGAAUUUGUCUGAUAUGGAUAAUAAUAAUAAAUGGUUUGAUGCAUGUAUUCUCUGAUAAUAUGUAUUACUUUAGUAACCUGUUUGAAUAUUUAAGUUACCUGUGGGUAAUUUUGAAUCAUUCAAGUAUCUGUUUUGCCACCGGCCUCAAUAUCUUCUUUUUCCUGAAGAUAGCAAAUUUUUCUCACUACAUAUUUCUCUGGUUGAAAAGUAGAAUCAAUAGAAUUCUUCCUCUUCUAAUGGGAUCCUUGCUUAUUUCAUGGGUAAUUACUAUUCCACAACUUGCAAAGAGUAUUAAUGAUGAGAAAAUGAAGCCUAGAAACAUAACCUGGCAAUUCAACAUGCAAAUAAGUGAUUUCUUUGUUCAGCAGGUUGCAAUAAAUCUGGGAAUCGUUUUCUUCUUUACACUAUCCUUAAUUACUUGUUUCUUGUUAAUCGUUUCCCUUUGGAGACACAAAAGGCAGAUGCAAUUCAAUGCCACAGGAUUCAGAGACCCCAGCACGGAAGCUCACGUGAAGGCAAUGAAAGUGCUGAUAACUUUCAUCAUCCUCUUUAUCUUGUAUUUUGUAGGCUAUGCCAUAGAAAUAUCAUAUUUUACUGUCCCAGAAAACAAACUGCUGUUCAUUUCUGGAAUGACAACCACAGCCAUCUAUCCCUGCGGUCACUCAUUUAUUCUAAUUCUGGGAAACAGCAGGCUAAAGCAAGCUUCUUUGAGGGUAAUGCUGAAAUUAAAGUGUUGUGAAAAAGAAGAAAAUCUCAGAGCUACAUAG